AUGAAUCUACACUUCGUCGUAAGUUCGUCCACGGUCCACAUUGGAAUCAGCUCUUUGGGUGAUGAAAUCUGGCACAGGGACGAUGACUUUCCGGAAUCCUGGCCCGAGAAGAGGAUUCGAGCGGGCCCACAUCGAAGGCACCAUCGUGGCUCGUGGAUUUGGCCGAAUAAGCACCAACGCACACAGCAAAUAGAUCAACACCGAACAACUGAAAAUAAAACUGUUAAUGAAAAGGAAAAUUUCAUAUUAAACCUCUUCACAAUGUUGACAUUAAUGCCUUGGGACUGA